GGCACCCCAAAUCGCCUUAUGGUUGAUCGGGACUCGAACGAUUCGCUCGCAGCUCCAAAAACACGGAAACACGGGAUCGUCCACAGGUUGUCUUCAUCGUGUGGACGUUUCGGACUCAUCCGAGAACAGCCAGGCUUCCACAUCCAUUCCAAGAACCAGUCAGUCUCCCCCCGGCCGUGAGAUACAAGUGUUCCUGUCGUCCAGUGCCAGAUUCUUCCUCUCAGUCAACGGGUGUAAGGGGGCGAGGAAAUAAAGAUGCCGAAACCGAUCAAUGUCCGGGUCACCACCAUGGAUGCAGAGCUGGAGUUUGCCAUCCAGCCCAACACCACAGGGAAGCAGCUCUUCGACCAGGUGGUGAAGACCGUGGGUCUGCGGGAGGUCUGGUUCUUCGGUCUACAGUAUGUGGACAGUAAAGGCUACAGCACCUGGCUCAAACUCAAUAAGAAGGUGACCCAGCAGGAUGUGAAGAAGGAGAACCCCCUGCAGUUUAAGUUCAGGGCCAAGUUCUUCCCUGAGGAUGUGUCAGAGGAGCUCAUCCAGGAGAUCACACAGAGACUCUUCUUUCUUCAGGUGAAGGAGGCCAUCCUGAAUGAUGAGAACUAUUGUCCCCCAGAGACGGCUGUGUUACUGGCUUCAUACGCCGUCCAGACCAAGUAUGGAGACUACAACAAAGAUGCCCACAAGCCUGGCUACCUUACCCAUGACAGACUGCUGCCUCAGAGAGUCCUGGAGCAACACAAGCUGACCAAGGAGCAGUGGGAGGACCGGAUACAGACUUGGCAUGAAGAACACAGAGGAAUGCUCAGGGAGGACUCGAUGAUGGAGUAUCUUAAAAUCGCCCAGGACCUGGAGAUGUACGGCGUCAACUACUUUGAGAUUAAAAACAAGAAGGGCACACAGCUGUGGUUGGGCGUGGAUGCUCUGGGCCUCAACAUCUAUGAGCAUGAAGACAAGUUGACACCAAAGAUCGGCUUCCCCUGGAGCGAGAUUCGAAACAUCUCUUUCAACGACAAGAAGUUCGUCAUCAAACCUAUCGACAAGAAAGCGCCUGACUUUGUGUUUUACGCCCCACGACUGCGCAUCAACAAGCGAAUCUUGGCGUUGUGCAUGGGGAACCACGAGUUGUACAUGAGGAGGAGAAAGCCCGACACCAUCGAGGUGCAACAGAUGAAGGCUCAGGCCCGGGAGGAGAAGCACCACAAACAAACAGAGAGGGCCCAGCUGGAGAAUGAGAAAAAGAAGCGAGAGCAUGCGGAGAAAGAAAAGGAAAAGAUAGAGCGUGAGAAAGAUGAGCUCAUGGAGCGUCUGAGACAGAUUGAGGAGCAGACGAUGAGAGCUCAGAAAGAGCUCGAGGAGCAGACUCGCCGGGCCCUGGAGCUGGAGCACGAGAGAAGGAGAGCGAGGGAGGAGGCGGAGAGGCUGGAGAGAGAGAGGACCAUGGCCGAGGAGGCGAAGGGGGAGCUGGCCAAACAGACUGCAGACCAGCUGAAGAACCAGGAGCAACUGGCUGCUGAACUGGCAGAAUUCACAGCCAAGAUCGCUCUCCUGGAAGACGCCAAGAGGAAGAAAGAAGAUGAGGCCUCAGAAUGGCAACACAAGGCUCUCUCAGCCCAGGACGACUUGGAGAAGACCAAGGAGGAGCUAAAGACGGCGAUGACAAUUAUGCCGGCACCUCCAUGCAGCAAUGCUGAGAGCGAGCACGACGAGCAGGACGAGAACCACGCAGAGGCCAGCGCCGAGCUGUCCAACGAUGGCGUCAGCGAGAUCGACCUCCGCAGCGAAGAGGCGCGCGUCACCGAGGCCCAGAAGAACGAGAGGGUGAAGCAGCAGCUGCAGACAUUGAGUUCAGAGUUGGCCGAGGCCAGAGACGAAACCAAGAAGACACAGAACGACGUGCUACACGCCGAGAAUGUGAAAGCCGGCCGAGACAAAUACAAAACGCUGCGCCAGAUCCGAUCGGGCAACACGAAGCAGCGCAUCGACGAGUUCGAGUCCAUGUGAGGACGGCGCCUCCCCCCCCC